AUGCGGCCUCUUUCAGUCCUGCUCGGCCUGUUGGCUGUUGCCACUUCCGGCGUGUAUAGCACGGCCUUGACGUACAAACUGGGAGCCAACGAGAAAGCCUGCUUCUUCACCUUCGUCGAACGGGAGAAUGCCAAAGUUGCAUUUUACUUUGCUGUCCAAUCUGGCGGUUCCUUCGAUGUCGAUUACUCGGUAGUUGGACCAAAUGACAAGAAGAUCAUGGAGGGGCAGAAAGAGAGACAGGGAGAUUUUGUCUUCACAGCGCAGAAUGCGGGCGAGUACCGGUUUUGCUUCAACAACGAGAUGUCGACGUUUGCGGAUAAGAUGGUGGAUUUUGAAGUUGCGGUGGAAGAUGAAUCCAAAUCUGCUCUCCUCCCGCAAAAGGCCGGGUCGUCGCCCGAACAGACAUCCGCGCUCGAAGACAUGACUUUCAAAAUCAGCAGCCAGUUGUCCACUAUCAGCCGUAUGCAGAAGUAUUUCCGCACUCGAGAGAACCGUAACUUCAGCACAGUACGGAGCACGGAACAGCGAAUCUUCAAUUUCAGCUUGAUUGAGGUAUGUAUGAUGGUUGGCAUGGCCGGGUUGCAGGUAUUGGUGGUCAGGUUCUUCUUCCAGGGCGCGAGAAAAGGAUAUGUAUAG